UUUUAGGACACGAGGAAGAGAGUAGUAGAAUAAAGAGGAGGGGAGUUUAUUUAGCACAGGAAAGAGAUCAGAACCAAACCUUACCGAAGAUUCUGGGCCCGGAACAAGCUGUUGUUGGGAUUCCUAGAUGUCCUUUACUGGACAUCAAGAAGACUGCAGCCGUGUAGCUGGUUAAUCUGGAGCCCAAAAAAGGGUUGUGGUGUUCUUUGUUGAAUGUAAACAUUUCCAUACAUAACAACAAUACUGUUUUCACAAGCUGGCUUGCCCAUAAAUUCAUCAAACUUUCAUAAAGCUGCUGACCCCCAUGUCUCAGUCCAUGAAUACUCCCUCUUUGAAUGAUAGUGUAACUAAGGGGCAAUAUGGACUUCCUACUAGACAGACAGAUGUAGGUAUAUGUAGGACACUGCCUAAUGUUGUACCUGGAUCCAGCUUAAACCUCAUUGGAGCUUCUGGUAAUCCCAGCAGUUUUGGGACUAGAGAAAUAAUCCCAAAUGUGGGACCAUUUGCUGGUGGAUUUAGUUUACCAGUGAGAAACUGGCCUGAACCAAGUCAAACCACUUCGAACAUCAAUUUACAUUCUACCUUUAACAUCUGCGCCAGAGAGCAAAUUAUGUAUCAACCUGUUGGCCAGGGUGCUCUGUUUGGCAGCACACAAAGAGGUGUAUCACUCUCAGCCACAACAGAGACAAGCUACUUGGCCUCAUCAGCUACUCAAGGUCAUCUUCAACCCAGUGGUGAUUGUGGUGGAAGUAGCUCUUAUAACUACUCUAAAUCUAUUGCAGUUCAACCAACUGGCCAAACUCUAUCCCAUGCACCUGUGUGCACACCUGCAAUUGCUGAAAAGAUUUUAUUGAGUUAUGGGCUUCAAAAAGAGGAUUUGUAUGAACUCAUAAACUGUCCAGAUGAAGAAACUACGGCUGAGAACCUACCCUACACUUUGCAGAAGAUUCGUAUGAAGAACGCCAAUAGGGCUUCAUCUGCAGUCACAUCAGCAUCUGCAUCUCAACCAACUACAGAUAGACUAAACAGAUUGGAUAGUUAUGGACAGCCAAAAACAAUUCAUAAUGAAAUGCCAUCAGACAGUUCAAAGACAGUUGAAAUGACUCAGUAUGGACAUACUGGAGAAUGUUCUCCACAUGUUGAGGAUAAGACUUUUGAUAUUUUCAGUAAGGCUCAGGCAUGUGGCAAUAAUUCGCUGGUGGACAACUUCAAGACUAACAGCCAAAAUAAAGAAGGGCCAGAAAAAAAUUCAGAGUUAAAACCCACUGGUUUGAUUACAUCAAAUGAACAUGUAACAUCUGUUAUUAGCUUGAGCUCAGCAAAGAAUGUGGUAGCUCCAGCCCAACUGGUAAAUACUCAAUCAAACCAGACCUUGCAAUCAACCUGCCCAGCUUUGGCUGUACAAAAGAAAAACUGGGACAUUUCAAAACCAGAGUCUGACGUUUUUGGAUUUCCACCUGCAAAAGCAUCAAUAUCCCACAUUAAAACAAAGACACACACGGAAAGCACAGAUGCAAAAGCUCAAAGUAAAACUCAAGACCAAGGUUCAAAGACCUUAGAUAUAACACCACAGCAAACUCCACAGAAACCUGUGCCGAAGCAAACCCCUGUGCAGAUGACACAACCUCAGAAGACCACUGCUUUGGAAUCACUUUCCCCUUACUCUUGCACCCCUACAGUCACAGAUGUUUCUCAUUCCAUUCAACCUUCUGGUAUCAGUCCUGUUUAUCCAAACAUCCCAAGCUUGGAUCUGGUAAAGACCACUGAUGGGCAAGGAUCUACUCAACAGUCUGCGGCAAAACCCGCCACCUUCAAGGGUCUCCCAUCACUAGCUAAAAUGCAUGAUUAUACUGCAACUAAACCGAAGACGUUUCCACAUACCUGUUCUUUAUGUAGAACAAACUGCUCUCAUAUAAAGGAUUGGAUUGGUCAUCAGCAAACCAUCCUGCACCUCGGGAACUGCAAACUUCUACGGGAUCAAUACCCAGAGUGGGAUGGCAAAGUAACACCACAGCAAUGUAAUGUCAUUAGAAAAUCCAGGAUUUCACCUUCAGCUUCUGCCCAGACUUCCCAGGGUCAUCAAAAGAGAACCAGUGAUGGGAGUCGUUGCCAUUCUCGGUCUCGCAGCCCUCGACGAUGCCACACCUCAAGAAACAGAAGGGAGUCUACCAGCAGUAGUUCAUCCUCUGAAAGCCCUCACCGACGACGCAGUUCUAGGCGUAGAAAGGCUUCUACCAGCAGUAGCUCUCGUUCUUGCAGCCCUCGCCGACGACGCAGCUCUAGGCGUAGAAGGGCCUCCUCCAGCAGUAGCUCGCGUUCUCGGAGCCCUCGCCGGCGAUGCAGUUCUGGUCGUAGAAGGGCCUCCUCCAGCAGUAGCUCUCGCUCUCGGAGCCCUCGCAGGCGACGCAGUUCUGGGCAUGGAAGAGGCUCCUCCAGCAGUAGCUCUUCCAGCCCUCGCCGAUGCCAGAGUUCGAGGCAUAGAAUGGGCUCCUCCAGCAGUACCUCUCGCUCUCAUAACACUCGCAACACCCACAGCUCUGAAGAUCAAAGGGAAAAACGAAAAAACAGGACACAAUCACUGUACAUCCCCAGGAGAAUUUGCAGGUCUCGUUCUAGAUCUUACUCUCCGAAGACCAGCUGCCACAUUUCUGGGAGACGGAUUUUACAAAAAGAAAGUCAUAAGAAACCUGGCUCACCAACAAGGAGCUCUAAGCCACAGUCGCUUACUAGAAUAAAUGAUAAAAAAUCAUCCCCAAGAAAGGGUGGUGAACCAAGACGGUCACCUAAGAAGGGUGCUGAGCUAAGACCAACGCCACAUACAAACAAAGAGCGACCAAGGUUGGAGGGGAGUGAUGAUGAACAACGGUCAAGGAGUCCCAAGAGACCGUUGUCUCCCAAAAGUGAUGAGACAAAAGAGUCCAGAGGAAGGAGUCGUGAGCGACGAUGUUUGCCAAACAAGAGCAUUAAGCAAGACCUUCCAAAAGCAUCUAGUAAGAAACAACAGUCACCAGGGAAGAUUGUUGCGCCGCAGUCGGUACAUGAUGACCGACCACAUUCACUGCAGAAGAGUUGUAAGACACAGUCAUUACAAAAAAUAAAUGAUGGGGAACAGACCUCAUCAAAAAAGUCUGAGAAGCUCUCUUCAGUAAAUGGAAGCCGUAAGAGACAGCUAUCACUAGAAGAAUCAUCUUCUCAAAAAAAGAAGUCAUGCACUGAAGACAUUCUAAAAGACCAAGCUCUGAAUUCAGUGCCAGAGCAGCUGAACAACACCAGUUUGAUUCAGCCUUUAGUUGAUGCUGCAGUGGUAGAGCAAGCCAAAAUACGGGCACCUUCACCAAUACAAUCAUCAUUUACCUCACCGGCCAAUAAGAAAGAGGCUUCCACAUCAUCAAGAGGAAGCAGCCCAACCUCUGCUUCUUCAUUGCCUUCUUCCAAACCAGUAAAGUCAAAGUUGCAUACGAAGUGGGAUCAGAUUCAUCCUAAUGUUCCAAGGACCGAAGCAAGUCUACAAACAACUGUUCCCAAGCCUCAGUUUUCUUAUUUGGGUAAACCAUCCCCUCCAACCAUGUUGAGACUCAAGGGGAAUUUUGAUUCUCUCUCUCACGGUGAUGUGAUUGCCUCCAUGGAAUGUUUUGGAAAAACCAAAUCUCUCUUACUGUUUAAGUCUAAGCAAGAGGCAACUGUUUGUUUUGAAAAGGAGGAAGAUGCAGCCAAACUUAAAAGCACAGAAAACUUUGAGAUAAAAGGAGUACCCAUCACCUUUGUCUCUAAACAGGACAGUGUUUCCGGGUCUCCUCCCUCUACGGCUGCAGCGGAUCAGAAGAAUCCCUCCCCAGAAAAGCCUACUGUGUCCUGUCAGCCUGUUUCCGGUGGAAACUUGGUUCACCUACCAAGUAAAACUCUUUUAUCAUUACAAUCAAAAUCCAAAAGGGUCGCAGCAGUGAAGCUUUUGAAAAAGGCAAAGGUCCUAGUUUCCAAAGAAAGGAGUGUUUCCAAGAAGCAGGGAGUCCAAACUUUAAAAGCGGUCAUUUUGGCUAAAACACGGUCUUUGAGGUCAGUUAAAGGAAAAAAAGAUGCUUUAAAGCCAGAAAAGAUACCUAAAUCUAAAAAAAACUCUGGACAAAAAUCAAACGGAAAGCUCAAAGCUAAUGGGGAGGAUUCUGGGAAUGUAAAGAAGAAAACUGGCAAGCCAUCAAACGGGGCAGCUGGUGAAAAACAUCCAGGCAAGGAAAGCGUUACUAAAGCAGAAACUGCAACAAAACAUAGGCUGGAAGAAAAUAAUGAAUCUUCUGCGAGCAAGGCAAAAAAACAAUCCGUUACAAACUUUCUGCAAAUUGACCCCAUUGAAGAAGAUCCACCCAGAAUGGAGAAAAUAGAAGACGUUGCAGCAAAGUCUGUAAAUACAUCAGAUCCGCCAACUCUCAAGGCUGAAAUCUCAAAAUCAAACAUUGAAGAAUUUGCUGCUGAGCCUAAAAACCCUGUAGUAGUCCUUGCAAGAAUAAGGGAGAUAACCAAGCAGGGCCAUGUUGGCAAAGUUACUGAGAUGAAAAAUUUAAAAGAGGCAGAGUUGUUAGAGCUGGAAAAAACUGGAGGAGCAGGGUCAAUGGAAGUAGAUCCUGUUGUGAAAAAGGAACUGAAGUUAUCCACCGAUGAGGCUUCACCACCUAAACUGAAAGACGCCCAACUGCCAAUCGAUAAAGUUGAGACCAUAGCGGAUAAACCAUCACCUGCUCCACCUCUAAGACAAGAGAAGAUCACCAAAAGCCCAGAGAUGUCUGCCAAAGCUUUGGUCCAAAUGACAGCUGUGUCAAAGCCAGACUCCACCGCACAGAAUCUGACUUCAUUACAGACAGGAGGAAGCUCUGCUGAAACACCUGCUGUGACCAUGGCAACAGUCCAAAGGGAGGAGACAAAAGCAAAGCAAAUCGAUACUUUUGCCACUGCAAAGACUCAGACGACGCCCCCACAGGCGAGCGUUCCAACCUUAUCACCAAAAGAGGCUAAAAAUAGUGUAGCCAUUAAAACCAGCCUUGCUAAGAGCAAGAUGAAGUCAACUGUUCCUACGUGUCCAGCUGAUACGUCAAUCACCGCCGGCGAGCAGAUUGUGCCUGUCCUGAAUCGACUAAAACUGAACAGCCAAGAGUUUGUUCUGGCAGAAAGCAUCCUGCCGGCUGGGCCUUUAACAGUUGACUCAACGCUGCUGUUGAUAACCAACCUGCCGAUGUACAACAGCUGUCGCUACACAGAGGAGGAAGUUGUGACGCUGCUUUGUAAAUUUGGCUUUCAGUACGCGCAUGAUAACAUCUACAUCUUUCCUCAGGGCCGCAUGGCUUUUGUGCUGAUGCCCAAUGAGCGGUCAGUGAUUGAACUCAUUUCGGCGUCAGCGCACAACCAUCUAAUCUUCAAAAAACAUAAACUUUGUUUGUUCAUCGUGAAGAAAAACAUUUUCAUGACACCGCUCGGCUUUUAUAAAUCAAUCAUGGCGCUAAUGUCCUUCAAAGUCGAGGCACCAAACACCAUCUACAUCCAGAACAUCUCCCCAAGUGACACCAUCGACGUCAGAGAGGCUUUGGGGAGGAUUAAAUCUGUCAGAAACUUCCUGACUCUGCUCAACAAGGUUUUCAUUGAAUUCGACUCCAUUUAUGACGCUGAUCGACUGGGAAUUUGGUACAGCCUCAUGAAAGUAGGGUUUACUCACGUGGUGGAGAGGCUGAGGCUGCCGAGAAGCAACAGGAAAUCACAGCCACCAAAGCUGCCACUGAAUGCUCUGCCCGAUGAAGACGAGAUCAUUGCCGGGGCGGAAAUGCCAGACGCAAAAUAUGGCAUCCCCCAAGGCACCAAUCCACCCUUUUGGGUAACAAUGACAACGAUUCCCUACGUUUUCCCUACUGCCUCCCCUUGGUUCAACAUCCCAGAUUUUCUGACGAUCCGUGGAAAGAAAGCCCUUACGACAACACCUCAUCCAGGCUCUGCACACUGCACCAUAAUGUUGACGGGUUUACCAGAAGGAAACUACAAGCAUGAAGACAUAGUGGCUGUGGUGGGAUGUUAUUUCCCUGAACAGAACCUUAGGACUCUCUACUACAACAUCUUGGUCCUUCCACUGCAGAGGAGGGCCUUUGUGUUUUUCUGCGACCGGAAGGCUUGCUGCAGUUUUGUCCUGGAUCAUGUCAAAAAGCCAGUUUCUAUUAGAGACUGCGUCCUUACGGUCCACUUUGUCCUACAGGACAUUCGUCCUAGACCCAGUGAGGAAAUCAUGUACAGAGUGAUGAUGAAAUGGAGCAAUGCUCAUGUUCCAGAGCUUGAUUUCCUGGAGAACCGGCUACUGUGUGUGGAAAUCUUUGAGUUUAAUGUGGACCUUGUUAAGAACCUAAUGAAGGAAGUGGCUUCCAUCGCCAGCUUCGUCAACUUCCUGCCACUUUCUAACAGGAUUUGCAUUGAGAUGCUGGAAUCCAGCGGUGUCAAGAAGGUACUUGAGGAAAUUGCCUUCAUGGAGGAUUUGUCAAAACACAGGAUCUGGAGCAAAGUUGGGCGUGUUGAGUCUUUGAAGAGUCUGAAAAAGCGCAUUGAAGACUCUGAGAAGGUCCCGUUAAACGUUGAAGGAAGCUCCUCAGCAGGUGGAGCUGAGUCUCCGGUCGUCCAAUCAGCAGCCCUGCCUCCUCCUUCUGAGACGUCUCAUAAUGUUGCUCAGUCAGAAUCUGCUGAGGCGUCUUCAUCCACUGAGGCAACAGUUUCCAAAUCUGAUGAAAAUCGUGUAGAAAGAGGUGUUGAUGCUCCCAGUGAUUCUGGACUUGAGGAAAAAUCAGGUGAAAGAUUUACCAAUUUAACUGAAGGUUCUAAAACUGAGAGAAGAGCUGCAGAUUGGUCACAAAAAGGAGAGGACAUCAACACUUUGAAAUGUAAAGCAACACCUGCAGGAAAUGUUGCUGACCCUAAUGACAUUUCUAAACCAGAGGAAAGACCCGAAGAGCAACUUGAGAAGGAGCCAAACCUCGGUGUUUCUGCUGGGCCUGUCAAAGUUUCUGAAACGGAGGAGGAGUUUGUGCAAAGAGCUCCACAUCCUCCCAGCCUUCCACAACAGGAGGAUGUGCCCAAAGAAAGAGCUGCUGAAGCUCCCAAUGUUUCUAAAAGUUCAGAAAAGGCUACUCCUCCUGAAACUCUGCCUAAAUCAGAGAAGACAGCUGAAGAUAAGCUCAGCCCAGAAACGCUUUCAGCCGCCAAUCAGCCCUGCAAGAAAGACUCCUCUACAGCAGCAGCUGUGUGUAACGUUUCCGCUGUUUUGGCUGAACCGUCGGCAGCAGUUGUCAAAACCCAGCCGAAAGCCGCAGCCCCAGCCAAUCAGAAGCCAGCAGCUGCGGAUCCCCACCUGACUGUGGGAGAGAAGCUAGAAACCCUGCUGAAUCCAGAUCAAAUCCUCUGUCUUGAAAAAUCUGUCAUCAUGUCAAAAAAAUUUUAUUCUAACUACACAAGACUAUUAUUAAUAAGCAACCUGCCAAAGUAUUACCAUGGCUGCUACUCUGAAAGUGACGUUGCAGAUCUGUUCAAGAAGUUUGGAUUCCAUUACGAACAAAAAAACAUCUACGUGAUUCCUCAGGCGUGCAUGGCAUUUGUACUUAUGCCCAAUUUCCGAUGCGCACAAAAUGUUUUCACGUCUUCCCAGAGUGGUUCCUUCACUCUAAUUGGAUCCAAACUCUGUGUCCAGAUUGUCACCAGCAAGAUUUUUAUGGAACCGUUGGAAUUCUACAAGUCUCUGAUGGAACUGGUCGGUUUUCCGGUCAAAGAUGAUGGGACCAGUACGAUCUACAUCCAGAACAUCUCGCCGAGUGAGACCUUGAAGCUCAGAGAAACUCUGAGAAAAAUGGAUUCUGUUAAAAACAUCCUCCCUCUGCUCAACAAGGUGUUUGUAGAGUUUGAGUCGGCCCGUGAUGCUGAUCGAAUCGGAGUUUGGUACAGCCUCCUGAAACGCUGCCCUGCACAUAAAGUCCAGAGGAUGAAACUUCCCCGGGGAAGCUGCAAGUCUCAACCACCACGGCUGGCACUGAAGGCUCUGCCAGACAGCGUAGAUAUGGUAACCGGAGCAGUCGUCCCGGUAACAAGCUUUGGCGUUCCACCGGGCAGCAUAGCACCAUUUUCAGUCACCUUGAUGACUGAUCCCUUCAUCUUCCCGACCACGUCUCCCUGGUUCAUCAUCCCAAAUUUUAGUACAAUCAAGACUAAGAGAGACAUGUGGACACCUGCCUCUAAGGCCAAAAAGUCCUCCACCAUCAUGUUGACAUGUUUACCUGAAGGAAACUACAAACACGAAGACAUUGCCAAGCUGGUGUGGAGCUAUUUCCCCAAACAGAACCUUCAGACUCUGCUCUACAACAUUGUGGUUCUACCUCUGCAGAGGAGGGCUUUUGUGCAUUUCAAUGACUGGAAUUCUUGCUGCAGUUUUGUGGAAAAUUUCCUCAAAUGUCCUGCUUCCAUCAAAGACCAGCAGCUGUACGUCCACCAAGUCUUACAGGAAAUGCCUGUUGGACUCAGCGAGGAGAUAAUGUACAGGAACUUGAUGAAAUGGAGCAAUUCUCAUGUUCCAGAGCUGGAGUCCCUGGAGGAGCGACUGGUGCUCGUGGUUCUUUCUGAGAUUUCCGUGUACCUCAUCGGUAACGUCUUGAGAAAAGUGGCGUCCAUUGCGCCGCUCGUCAGUUUUCUGCCGCUCGCCAACAGGAUAUGCAUUGAGAUGGAAGAUCCAAGCAGCGUAACACUAGUGCAGGAGAGGAUUUCACAAGCGCCUUACCCUAAGGAGUGGGCAAACAUUCGAUGCGUCGAAACCGUGAAGAGUCUGAAACGGCGUCUCAACGACUGCGCAGAGAUCACGCUCAACCUUGAACUGGACAACAAAGACAUCUGGACCCGGACUGGAAAAAGGGAAGCUGAUGCUGAUGUCUCUGGUGAAAAGAGGCAACCUGAUGCACAACAACCUGCAGAGCAUCCUGACGUGGUCUCGACAGGGAAAGAAGAUGUAGCCUCAGAAACAAAAACACCACUGACCUCUAAGGAGAACCUGUCUGAAACAGAGGUUAGGGCAGAAGAAAAGUCAGGAGCAACUCAAGCAGAGGACAGAAAUGUGCCGCCCAGGUCUACAGUUUCAGAAAAAGAAGUCUGUGUCUCUGGAAAAGUUGAAGAAUCUGUGGAUGAGGCUACAGAUACAGGAAGUAAAGCAGUGCCUGAACAGAAGAAACAGGCAGAAAUGGUUAAAGAUGAUGUUCAGCCAGAGUGUAGCACAGAUGCCAAAUCAUCAGAGCUGAAGGAAACAGCUUUGAUACAGAAUUCUACUGAGGCCAAAGAAGAAGUUAAACCUGAAACUGGACCACAUAAACCUGUGACGUCUUUAGCGCAAGGACCACAGACUACGACCCAGGAAGUCCCAGUUAAAACCCCAGCAGAGGUCCAGGAGAGCAGAAAGCCAAACCCAGGCCCUUCUUUGCCAGAAGCAGAGCAGAAAACCAAAGCAGUCACUCCAGAUCAGCAGCAGACAUCAGGAACAUCAGCUUUUCUGGGGAGAUCAGCAUCUAAGGCGGACGGAGGUUUGUCUCUGACAAAACCAGUUAGUGCGUUUGACAAAACUGCAGCCACGUGUUUAACUCCUGGAGAAAAGAUGGAAAUCUUCCUGAACGCAACGACGGCAUUCAAACGGGUCUCUGAGGCUGUGUCUUCAUCAAAAUUUCUUUUUCUCAGUGCGACUCUGGUUAUAUCCAACCUACCGGAGUUUAGAGACGGCUGCUACACGGAGGCCGAAGUCAUCAGUUUGCUCCAAAACUCUGGUGUUGGUUGUGAAGAUGAAAAAGUCUUCAUCGUUCCUCAGUCUCGAACAGCUUUUGUAUUUUCUCCAAAUAUGAAAGAAGUGCAGAAGUUUCUUUUGGCCAAAAAGAGCAUCUUCCUCAAAGGGUCAAAGCUCAGCUUCUGUGUCAUAGAAAACCCUAAACCCCCAAAUAUUGUUGAGGUUUAUAAAUUCUUAGUGAGUUUCACCACAAUCAGAAAUAUGGAUCCUAAAAGAGUAGUUUACAUCCAGAACAUCUCAGCAACUGAUGCCAAAGAGCUCAGAGAGGAGUUAAAAAAGAUUGGGAGUGUGAUAAAUUACCUGCCUCUGCUGAACAAGGUUUUUGUGGAGUUUCAAACGUAUUUUGACUGUGAUCGGUUUGGAGUGUAUCACAGCUUCCCGAAGCAUGGGCGUCCUUUCUCCCUUUACAGGCUGGAUGGAUCCACUUUAAGAGCCAAAGCACCUAGAAUGCCAGCCCUGCGUUUUCCUGACUUAGCUGUGAUUAAGGACAGGGCAGUCAUUCCUAAGGGCUGCAGAGCACCAUUGUGGGUUACUAUGACAACUAGACCCUUCUUGUUCCCCACUGCAACUCCUUGGUUCAUCAUCCCAGCUUACUGGCAACAGCUUGCAGGGGACACGAUAAAGAAAUGCAAGCUGGAAGGUCUCAUUCACCCUACAGUCAUGUUGUCGGGUUUACCAAAUGAAACCUACACACACCAGGACGUGGCAGCGCUGGUGUUUAAGUAUUUUCCAGAGCAGAAUCUUCCCACACUCCACUACAAUGUGAUGGUUUUACCUCUGCAGAAGAGGGCCUUCGUGUGUUUCAGCAGCUGGGUCGCUCUCUCCAGGUUUUUUCAAGAUCACCCCAUUUACCCAGUGGUCUUAAAAGGAUCCCAUUCUUUUGCCUAUUUGGUGAAGGAGAAUAUCUCUCCUGCACACGAUGAGGUGUGGAAAUAUGAAAACACACAGAUGAGUUGAAACAAAAGACUUGGUUUAUCUUAAAAAUGAGAGCCAACCAGAGUUAUAAAGGACAUUUAUCCUCUGCAUUCCUCUGCCUC